CGUAUAUGCAAGGAUUGAUCACCAGUCAAACGACUAAUGAUGGAAUUCGAUGAGGUGAUCCGACGUGUCGGAGAGUUUGGAAGGAUUCAGUUGCGGACGACAAUAUUCGGUGGCUUGGUGACGAUGACAACAGCACUGCAAAUGAUGGUGACAGUCUUCAUGCAGCAAUCACCGGCACAUAGGUGUGCCAUUCCAGGCCUGGCAAACGACACCUUUGAAAUCCAAGGUGCCUGGCACCAAUAUCUUAUCAACCAAACCAUUCCUGUAGACGAGAAUGACCAGUAUGAGGGAUGUCUGUGGCGUAGUGGAAAUGAUUCCGGGAAUGGUAGUGUUUUGUCGUGUAAUGAAUGGGUUUAUGAUACAUCUGUAUUCCCGAGAACGUUUCCUACAGAAUUUGGUCUAUUAUGUGGAAGUUCCUUAUUGAUAAAUAUGGUGAACGUGGUCUAUCUAACAGGGGUGGCUGCAGGGGCUAUUGUUGGCGGCCUUGCAGCAGACUGCAUUGGUCGUAAAACAGUAGCCUUCAUCUUCUGUUUAAUCCAUGGAGUCGGUGGGGUAGGAGCGGCACUCUCACCUACCUACGGGGCCUUUGUCGCAUUCCGAUUCUUCGUCGGGACUUGUCACGGCGCUGCAAAUAAUUGUGUGUUGGUACUGGGUAUGGAGUUUGUUUCUCCAAGAAAACGGAUUAUAUCCGUAUGCGUAUUAGGCAUAUCAUGGGGUGCGGGCAUCGUGCUUGCAACCCCUCUGGCUUAUCUUAUACGGGACUGGAGAUAUCUGCAGUUAACCGUGGCACUGCCCCCAUUCCUAUAUCUAGGAUUCUGGUGGAUAAUCCCGGAGUCCCCUCGCUGGCUGUUAUCUAGGGGGAGAUACAAGGAAGCUGAGAGGAUAGUGCGGUGGGCGUCCAGAGUGAAUGACGGAAAGAUGCCGGAGACCGGUCAUUUCUUGAAUGAGCAUUCUUUGCAAAUCACUCCGACUUUAAGUCCCCUGAAGAUUUUUAAGGCACCAAGACUUAUGGCGAGGACAGCAGUAGCAAUCUGUGGCUGGUAUAAACAUUGUUUUCGCAGUUUGGCAACACGCAAUUGA